UUUUCCUGAGAGAUCUCUAAAUCUGUGGUAAGUUAAAACUAUAUUUAGAGAAUUGAAGAGUCAAUAUAUGUUGCAACUCUGUUAUAAAGUGUUUUAUUUUAAAAUAAUAAUGCUUUAUACAUUUUUUAGGCAUGAUUUGCUUGUUAUAUUUGAAGCAGUGCUUCAAGGAGAAGACGCGGGUGUUGUCCUAGGGCUGGGGAUUGUUCAGACUGCAUGGCUUCUUUGCCUCCUGCUUCCCUCUUGAAAUCAGGAGGAUAACUGUGAGAUUUGGUGCCUCAGUCACCAGCCAGAAAAUGGUUCCUUUGCGUCAGAAGGCAAAAAAGAAAAGUCAAGGGUUCUUUAUAAUGAGCCGACGGAGGAUAUCGUGCAAAGAGCUGGGGCAAGCGGAUUGCCAAGGAUGGCUCUACAAAAAGAAGGAAAAAGGGGCUUUCAUUGGCAACAAAUGGAAAAAGUUCUGGUGUGUGCUAAAGGAAUCAUCACUGUAUUGGUACAGCAGUCAGCUGGCUGAAAAAGCAGAAGGAUUUAUCAGACUUCCAGACUUCAGUGUGGAUCGAGCAACUGAAUGCAAAAAAAAGCAUGCUAUUAAGAUCAGCCACCCACAGAUCAAGACAUUUUAUUUUGCGGCAGAAAAUGUUCUGGAAAUGAACACGUGGCUAAGUAAGCUGGGGAUGGCUGUAGACCCUCAGGCGCCAAAUGGGAAGAAUGAGGAAGAAUGUUACAGUGAAAGCGAACACGAUGAUCCAGAAAUAACGGACACUCCACCUCCCCCCUACACAGUCCAGCCCUCACCUCCUCCUUUGCAGGAUCAGCAGAAGUCAUCUUUCACCUCGACUCUAUCAAGUGAAGCAUCUUGUUCUCUCUCCUCUCCUGAAAGCACUUUGAACUCCCAAGAGUCAUCAUCUUCCCUGGCAUCCAAAGUGGUUUAUUCUGAGAGGCAGUCCUGGCUUGACCUAGUUAACAGCUCUGCCACAGAAGAGGGUGAUCAGCCUUUAACUUUCUGCGUACAGAUUCAUUCUGAUGAGCCACCAGAAGCAGUCUGUGGAGAAGCAGCAGAAAGCCAGGAAGUCCAGCUUUCCCAACCCAAUGGUGGAUCCCAGAACUCUUACUUAAGUGCAGAUGCACAUUGUCUAGCAGUGCCAGAUGCAACAGGACAGAGAUCACUAGCCAAAGACCAGGAAAAAUGUGAUGAUGAUGAGAUGGAACGACUUUACAAGUCAUUAGAGCAAGCAAGCCUGUCUCCCAUUGGUGAUCGUCGUCUGUCAACGAAGAAGGAACUGAGGAAGUCAUUUAUCAAACGCAGCAAAAACCCUUCCAUUAAUGAGAAACUCCACAAAAUUCGAAUGCUGAACAGCACAUUAAAGUGUAAGGAACAUGACUUGGCCACAAUUAACCAGUUGCUGGAGGACCCAAAGUUGACAGCACUGAAGUACAGAGAGUGGAGGAGCACAAACAUCAUGUUGGUCCAAGAUAUUUAUCAGCAACAGGAGGUCCUGAAUGUGUCCACAGAGAAUGGUGAGGAGCAAGAGAUGACUCCACAGCCAAUCACUGAAAGUGCUAUAUGAUCAAAGGUUCAUGGCAAAAUUUUUCUCCAUGGAUCUUCAUGUACAGGCACUUUAAGCUGCUGUAUCUUAAGGUUUGUUUUUUUGCAAGUGUUCUUCAGAAGGAAAACAACCUCUUCUCCAAACUUUUGACUGCUCUUGCAAAACUCAUUUCAUGUCAGAAGGGCAAAUGCCCCAAGUUAAAAAUGCAUGCCUGAAUCUGGGCUGCAUAUCUAAGAAAACUAUUUAAGGAAGCAGUGAAGAAAUGUUUUUAGUCUUUGGAGAAGAAAAUUAUUCCAGCUUCUGGAAGUCACAGAACUGUGUAAUAUGUCCUGUAUAAAUGUGAGAUCCUUGGGAUUGCUUUAACAAUGUGACUUAGCUUUAAGUGAAGCUAAACCAAUACCAACAGGAUGUAGUCUACCUUUUUACCCUCUAAGUUGACCUGAUAUAUGCAUUCUCAUAUCUUCAUUCGUUCACUUUCAUCAUUCUACCAGUUUAAACUGAGACAAAUAGAAUAGUAGGUAUGCAUGAGUUUAUACUACAGACAGCCACCAGGCACCCAGUUUGGGCCCUGCCUGAUGUUCUGUAAAUUUCAAAUUUAUUUAUAGUCCAGACCAAGGGACUGUCUUUCUACAUGAAGAAAAGAUCUCUUAAUUUUUGCUAACAUGUAAUUUACUCUUCAGUGAGACAAGUUUCAACUUCUCUUAUGGACUUGGCAGAAUUCCUUGGAAGAUUAUUUUCCUCUUUUUUAUUUUUGAAAUUGGAAAUAUAUAAGGUACAGGUUCAUCCUAGAGUCUUACUUGGGAAGGUGAUCAAGUUCAUAAGGCAGAAGCUAAAUAACUAAACUCCUAAUGUGGACCUAAUGUAUAAAACAAAACUGCAAAUAUUUUUGUAAAUAUAUGUAAUUUUAUGGCUUGUGUGAAUGUGACUAUGUACUGUAUAUAUGUUUUAUUUAUAUAUUUAUAUAUGCUUAAUUUCCUAAUAUAAAUAGGCACACAUGGACCAAACCCACCCACAUGCAAGUGCUUAUAGGUUGACUUCAAAUGCCUCUCUUUUUUGUUCCAUUAUAAAUCGCAGUAAUGGCUCUACAACUGAGACUACCCUGAGACAUCUGAUUUAACUUUUUCUUUUGUUUUUCUAACUUUGAGUUUUAGAUGAAGAAAAUAUGUGCAACUUAGGGCCAGAAAAGAAGUUUUCUGAAAGUUUCAGGAUUUCCCUUUAGGGAAACAAAAAUUAGAGGUUUUGCUGCGGGAUCACAAUUUUUUGGCUUCAUUGUCCUCAGUAUAAGAUUUAGGUUUUUUGUCUUCCCAUCUUUUGCACGUGUACAAGUAUGAGGAAUUUUGCAGAGUACUGAAUUUUGAAAAGCUAGAAUUAGCCCAUGUAGUGGGUUUCUGUGGCUGACUUUUGGUAGUGGUGUGGGGGGUGGCUACAGGUGUGGUUUCUGUUGAAGCUGCCAGAAGCUCGCCCUGUCCAGUGGAGCCAAUGCCAGUCAGCUCCAAAACAGGCUUCCUGCUGCUGACCAAGGCCAAGCCAAUCAGGAGUAAUAGUAACAUCUCUGUGAUAACAUGUUUAAGAACAGAAAGGUAUUGCGCAGAAAGAAUUCCAGCCAGGGAAGAGUGGAGUGAGAACAUGGAAGAUACAAGACAGACACGAAGGUCAGUGCAGAAGAAGGGGGAGGAGGUGCUCCAGGCACCGGAGCUGAGGGUCCUGUGGCCUGUGGUGAAGAUCUUAGUGGAGCAGCUGUGGGCCUGCAGCCCAUGAAGGACCAUCAGGGUGCAGAGACCCCCCUGCAGCCCAUGGAGAAGCCCAUGCUGGAGCAGGUGGAUGCAGGAAGGAGGCUGUGAUCCUGUGGGAGGUGCAAGACGGAGCAGGGUCCUGCCAGAGACCUGCAUCCCAUGGAGAAAGGAGCCCACACUGGAGCAGGUUAUUCUCAAGGAGGACUUGUGGCCCCUGUGGGGAACCCACACCAGUACAGCUCAUUGGUGAAGGACUGCACCCCAUGGAGGAGUGACCCGUGGGACAGCAGUGUUGUGAAGAACUGUUGCCAGAGGGAUGGACUUACACCAAAGAGGUCCAUCAAGGACUAUCUCCCAUGGGAGGGACCCCACAGGAGCAGGGGAAGGACCCCUCUCUCUCUGAGCUGUGGCAGAAACAACAACUGACCGUAACCUCCAUUCCUUGUCCCCCUACACUGGUGAGGGGGAGGAGGGAGAACAUGGAAGGAAGGAGGGGUGGGGGUAAGGUGUUUUUAAGAUUAUUUUACUUCUCACUCUUUUGCUCUGAUCCUGUUAGUAAUAAAAUUAAGUAAUAUCUCCA